AUGAAGGAGGCAGUGGAGCAGAGCCAUGGAGCCCGCGAAGCCGGAUGCCCCCGCCGCCGGUGGAUCCCGCGUCCCUGCCGGGUGCUCGUGCUGCUGAACCCGCGAGGCGGCAAGGGCAAGGCCCUGCAGCUCUUCCGGAGCCGCGUGCAGCCCUUGCUGGUGGAGGCCGACGUGUCCUUCACGCUGAUGCUCACCGAACGCCGGAACCACGCGCGGGAGCUGGUGCGCCAGGAGGAGCUGGGCCACUGGGACGGGCUGGUGAUCAUGUCUGGGGACGGGCUGGUGCACGAGGUGGUGAAUGGCCUCAUGGAGCGUCCCGACUGGCAGACAGCCAUCCAGAAGCCCCUGUGUAGCCUCCCGGGUGGCUCUGCCAACGCGCUGGCCGCCUCGGUGAACUAUUAUUCAGGGUACGAGCAGGUGACCAACGAGGAGCUCCUGACCAACUGCACGCUACUGCUGUGCCGCCGGCUCCUGACACCCAUGAACCUGCUCUCCCUGCACACGGCCUCAGGCCUGCGCCUCUUCUCUGUGCUCAGCCUGGCCUGGGGCUUCAUUGCCGACGUGGACCUGGAGAGCGAGAAGUACCGGGCCCUGGGCGAGGUCCGGUUCACCCUGGGCACCUUCCUGCGUUUGGCCUCCCUGCGCACCUACCAUGGCCGGCUGGCUUACCUCCCUCCCGGGGCCGCUGCUGCCAAGAUGUCCGCUGCGCCCGUCCUGGACCAGAGCGGCCCUGUGAACACGCACCUUGUGCCUCUGGACCGGCCGGUGCCCGCCCACUGGACGGUGGUGCCCGAGCAGGACUUUGUGCUGGUACUGGUGCUGCUGCACACCCACCUGGGCAGUGACAUGUUUGCGGCGCCCAUGGGCCGCUGUGCGGCCGGCACCAUGCACCUGUUCUACGUCCUGGCAGGUGUGUCCCGGGCCACGUUACUCCGUCUCUUCCUGGCCAUGGAGAAAGGGAAGCACAUGGAGUUUGACUGCCCCCACCUGGUGCACGUGCCCGUGGCCGCCUUCCGCCUGGAGCCCAGGGAUAGGGCGGGUGUCUUCACCGUGGAUGGGGAACUGAUGGCCAGCGAGGCUGUGCAGGGCCAGGUGCACCCAGACUACUACUGGAUGGUCAGUGGCUGCGUGGAGCCUGCGUCCAGGCAGGGGCCUCCACAGACGCCACCUUCACGAGAGCCCUUGUGACUCUGAGGGUCUCGCUGGGCCUUAGUCCCCUCCAGGCCAACUCUACAGCCGACCAGGGACUCUCCCAGAGGAAAGAGGAAUGGGAGGGCCCGGAGUCCAGCUGGCUGGGCCCCAGAGAGAAAUCUAAUAAAGUGACAUUCCCA